AUGCUGACCGGCACCAGGAAACUCCGCUCCCUCCUCUUGGUCGUCGCGGCCUUGUUUUUCAUUGCCUCGUCCAUCUACAUCUACUGGAGGCCCUCGAAUCGUUUCUAUGCCGCCCACUAUGCCGACUCGCCCGUCGACCCGUCCCUGGGCCGCCAGAUUGCCUUCUGGAAAGCCUUCCGCGCCGUUCUCGAAAAACAUGCCCCCGACUGUCCUUCGCCCCAGCGCGAGCAGGCCGCCGGUGCCAUUGGUUUCAAUCCCAUCGAUGCCCCUCCCCGCCCGGACCUCGUCCUCUUCCCGGAGACCCAUGUCCAGAAGAUGCGUGAUGCGCAUGCCAGCUUUGUCGACGAGAUCAAGCAGUCCAAGAACCUGAAGCCCAUUCACACCCCCGGCACCCGCGGCAUCGUGUCGACGGCCGGAGGGUCCUAUUUCCCCGUGUCCCUGGCCUCCAUCCGAAUGCUGCGUCGCACCGGUUCGACCCUGCCCGUCGAGAUCUUUGUCAAAGACGCCAACGAAUACGAGGCUCAUCUGUGUGAGGAGGUCCUUCCGGAAUACAACGCCAAGUGUGUCAUCCUCUCCGAGCUCCUGGGGGGUACCCGGAAUAAGCAGGUCGAGAUCGCCCAUUAUCAGCUCAAGAUCUUUGCCGUGCUGUUCUCGUCCUUUGAGGAAGUCAUCUGGAUGGAUGCAGACUGCUUUCCCCUCCACAAACCCGAACAUCUCCUCGACUCGAAUCCUUUCAAGUCAACAGGCAUGGUCACCUGGCCGGACUUUUGGGCGUCGACUGCGUCCCCGCUUUACUAUGAGAUCUCCCAGCAGCCUGUUCCGCCGAUGACGCUUCGAGCAUCAUCCGAGACGGGCGUGUUCCUCAUCUCGAAGAAGACGCAUUUCUUCACGCUGCUCCUCGCGGCGUAUUACAACUACUAUGGCCCCUCCCAUUACUUUAUGCUGCUGUCCCAGGGAGCGCCGGGCGAAGGUGACAAGGAAACAUUCCUCCAAGCUGCGUCGGCUCUGGGCGAGCCCUUUUACGCGGUCAGUGAGCGUGUCCAAGCAGUGGGACAUGCCAAGGAGGGUGGAGGCAUCGCGGGCUCCGCCAUGGUCCAGUCGGACCCGGUCGAGGAUUACCGGUUGACCAGCGAGGGGAAAUGGCGAGUCAAGGAUCCGUCCGUGGCCAAACCGCCCCCGGUGUUUUUCAUCCAUGCCAACUACCCCAAGUUCAACCCGGGAGACAAUCUCUUUGGCAACAACUGGGAGACGGCCCCGACGCUCAAGCCCGACGGCAGCUUGGGAAGAGCGUGGGUGGUUCCGCCCGAGACGAUCCGGGCGUUUGGGUACGACGCGGAAAAGGCCUACUGGGAGGAGAUCAAGUGGGUGAGCUGCAAUCUCGAGCGAAACUUCAAGUCGUGGCGAGGCAAGUCGGGCAUCUGCAACCAGGUCCUGGAUUACUGGAACAGUGUAUUCGCGCAGCCUCAUGACGAUGAUCCAAAAUUCGAUGAUUAA